ACUGCUUUGCAGAAGACUGACCGUCGCAAUACUGACGAGCUCGUCCCUGAAAGGAUAAUUUCUCGCGGUUCGCGUUUUAUAUACCCGAGCGACAGCCAAACGAUGUCCUGUUUUCACUUUAUCUUUUUUAUUUUGCACAAUAUUACUACCUAAUUCUUGGACGAUAAGUUGUGUAUAAGUGCGAUCGUUAUACUUACAUACCUAAGAAAAGGUUUUCUUUAACUUUACAUUUGACGAAGAUAAAAAAACACUUAGCUCCAUGUUUGCCAACGGAUUGUUGAUUUCCACGCUUCUUGUGCUUAUUGGUCCCAACAUAAAAACCACGAUCGCUAUCCUAAACUGUCUACUAGCGCGACAACUCUGCUUUGAGGAUCCAUCUUGUUCGGCUAUCCUGGAAAUUAUUCCUCGAGUUUGUGGUCCAGAAUUGGUUGCAUGCUCCACCGUUACCGUCACAAAAUGUCAAGCUGCUCUUCGAACCCUGCAAGCAUUUCCUUUCUUCAAGCCAACAUGCCUUUGUAGAGAACCUCACGUCGACCCUGAGUGCAAUUCCUUCAGAGACUUCCUUUUCGACCAUCCCUGCGUCUUCGUACUGAAAAAGGAAAAGGAUCCUUAUCCUGUUGACGCCUUGCCAACCUGCAACUACGCAUUGUCAGUAUGUCAAGAAGAACGAAAAUGUAUAAAACUUUUCGAAGACUUCAAACUCCACUGCAAAGUGCGGGAAAACAAAUGCCGAAUGGAUAACAGGAAAUUGUGUCAAGAAGCUUGGGCAAAUCUUCACAGAUCACCUAUGUUCGGCUGCAUCUGUCCCAACAACAACAUGAAAAGGAAAUGUGAUCGGAUUUUCAGCCUUGUCAACCAUAAUCCCUGUAUUGAAUAUCUUCCGAAUUCCUCUGUCUCAGAACUAUCCCGUAAUUCGAACAAUUUCCACAAAAUAUUCUGGUCACCCUUAUUAUCCUUGCGUCCGAUGUUUUCGUUUCCCUCUUCAACAGCACAACUACCUUCGCACGGCACCGCUAAAGCCUCAGGCACUAAGCGCACACCCUAUCACCAGCACUCUGACUCCCAUGAAACCGUAGAAGAAAAACUCGGCACCACUUUCGAUAUACCAGAGCUCGACGUACAGGCGUCGGAGAGUUCGUCAACUUCUUUGGGCUAUGGUCUAGGGAAUGCCGUAUUAGAAAACCCGCUUGUUGACGCGGACAAUGGUCUUGAAGCCCAUACUAGCACGGAUCAUAUUACUGAGACCGUUUUAAGCAACAAACCCAAACACAACCAGGUCGCCGUCAACUCGACGAUCGAAGAAGAUUUGGAUAACAAACACUCUCCACACCAUGCACACAGGAAAUUCACAAGUUCUUCGAACGAAAAUUUUUCGGAACCGGGUGAUGUGAUGAAAAUAAUUUAUCAAAGCACUUGUCAUUUAGCGCUAGAGAGUUGCAAAAGUGAUUACCAAUGCCGUAUGGCAAUUCAACCAAUUCUUACCCACUGUGACAUCUCAAAGUGCAACAGAUAUUCCUGUAUGGAAGCGCUACAAGCAUUUUAUAGGAAAGCCUCAUUCCCAUGGAACCUAGAAGUCGCGUUCUGUUUAUGCAAAAAAACUGAUGAUAAACAUGACGCGUGUAUGAUUGCGCAACAGAAAUUACAUCCCCUAUGUGCGCAAAGGGUUGAAGGCUCGCCACAACCGACCUGCUUGUCCUUGGCCGAAUCGUGCAGAGAAAAUCGAGAAUGCAGGUCCCGAUUGGAACAAUACGAACAGGCAUGCGCAGUGGAUAGCUCCACGAAAAAGUGCGCCGGGCCGCCAUCAGAAUGCAGAGCAGCCAUGUUGGGCAUAUUAGGCACCGAACUAAGAGCGACAUGCGCCUGCAAAGGUACCGAUCUGACCCAAUUGUACGAAUGCUUAGGUUGGCAGAGACUCCUAUGGGUCAAUCCAUGUGUUGUGGAUUCUCAAAAAGACUACCAUCUGAAGAAAGCAAUAGAGAGAGGGUUGUUGACUAGUACGGCAACCCCUCUAGUAACAACAACAGGAAGAAUCAGGAUGGAACCUCUCGAUCAAGUAACGGUAAUAAGUGUAACUCAAGCGUCUGUCCAAACAAAAGUCCACACGACGAUGGAGAAUACGUUACCGCCAGAAAUCCCUUCGACGAUCACUACAACAACUACUACAACUACUACUACUCACAAACCUACUACAACUACUCCUACAACCACUACAACAGAAGCCACAACCAUUCCACCAAGAUUUUGCGUAUUCCAAAGGCAUGAUUUUCCAGAUCAGUAUAUCAAAGAGGGAACGUCAAAGCGGGUAAUUUCUAUUAUUUAUCACGAAGAUGAAUCGGAAUGUUCGGAAAUUUGUAAAUGCGGCCGAUCAGAAGAAUUGGUUUGCAAAACGAUGUGCAUUGAUAGAAUGCCGUGCCGGACGGAGUUUGCAUUUUAUAAUCACGCAGCCCCCGCCUACCAGGCUUACCGUGGACGUUGUCUUUGUUACUCGGGAAGGUUUAUUUGCAUGAAACCUGCCCCGGGAGAUUAUACAUUGCCUCAAGGCGUUUUCCUGUUCCUCGGAUACAGUGAAGUUGAUGAGCAAAAACUGAAAAACCACACUGAGAUCGCCGUCAAUGACGUCGUUCACGCUUUACAAGAGUUCAUCACGAAGGAGGCGGUGAAUGGGACGCUCUGCUCUCUUCAUCUAUACAACGUUACUCAGGAAAAUGUUAUAAUCGCUGGAAAAUUAUCUCCUAAAGUGGAUUAUAAUCUGCUCUCGCCAAAGGAAAGCCUAGCCAAAGAAAAGGACGAAUGCUCGGAAUUAAUGGAAACAAUAACAGAUCGUAUAAACAACAGACAUCCGGAUUUUAGUUCUCAUAUUCUUCUAUCGAUUUUUAAAAUGGCAGAAGUUGAAUUGGUACAACUCGAACCAAGUUCUGCAUGCUUUCCGCUACGGAUGCAGAACAACUUCUUACUAUUUGUGGUCAUCUUGCAGUUAUUGCUGUUUUCGUGACAAAAAAACUGCCUACCUUUCCGAACGUGAAUGAGAUAAUAAACGAACAGUACUUAAUAUUCAAAACGUUUAGCUGAAAAAUGACACCUGUAAAUACUAACCAUGUCUGUGUGUUGGCUGUUGUUAGAAAUGUUUAUAGUUAACGACAAUUAGCAGCUUAUAAUGUAAGUGUCACAAUUUCAUGCACUCGCGUGAGUUGUUUAACUGUUCCUUAAUAUCCUUACAAUGAAGCCUGGGUCAUUCGGGAAAAUAUACCUACAAUACUUUAAAGGCAGAAGUAUUCGGAAAGGGCCGUCCAUAAACUUAUUUAGGACCCUAAAAGUCACACCCUUCCUUGUCGCAUUUAGUUAAAUUAUCUUUUUUAAUUUUCUGAAAUUAAUACCGUAAUAAAAUGUUUGACCCACGACACCCCUGCCCUCUUAAAUGCCAGCAUUCUUUAUGGACAGCCCCGAACAUAAGAAAACACAUUGUCCAAAAAACUUUUUCUGUAUUUAUCAAACUUAUGCGCAAGAAACAAUGAACUUUUAAUUCUAUUAUUUUUAUAAUUUAAAUAUUAUGUCAAGUAUUAAAACAGUUGAACUUUCGUAUUUCCGUAACUAAUUUAAACUAUUGUUCUUCUUUAAUAUUGGACAAUGUGGUUCUUUUAAAGUUGUCACUUCGAAUUAGUAAGUAUACUUUUACUUUUCUUAUUUUACUGAAUUAACAAUUGUAGGUGGUGUACUUCUUGAAAUGUACUUUUACAUGUACCUAAAGACCUAAAAAUAGGUACUAAUCUUUAUAAUAAUCUGUUUUUGUCGUUGAUAGUACUAUCAUUUUGAGUUUAUAAUAACCGCUGUGUUAUGAAAGUUAAGUUUAAAAAAUGGAUGUACAGAAUGAAGAUUGUUCAAUACCACAAUGAGGGGCGGAUUAAAAAAAAUCUGGCCUGAUGCUGAAAAUAGUAUCAAAGUUAGACUUCAGGUCUGGGGCUGCAGCUCCACUAAACCCCUGCCUUAAUCCGGCCCUGAU